UAUUUGACAUCUUAGGUAGCGUUUAAUUGAGAUGCUUUAUAAUUUCGUGGUUUUCUGAUAAAUCACUUGAAAACUAUUAAACUCCUUCAUCCACUACUUGUAAAAUCUUUAUAUUUACUUUUUCGUGUUGCGGAUAUGGCAAUGGACAUUGAGAAGAUUUGCCGCACUUGCCUGGGUCUUAGUGGUCCAUUACUCUCUAUAUAUGAUGGUGGUGGUAGUGGAGGAGGAUGUAUUGCAGAUAUGCUACGCGACUUCACAAAAUCCAAGCCAAGACGAGAAGAUAAACUCCCGGAAAAGGUUUGCUUGUCCUGCAUAAGCGAAAUUAAUCGUUGCUACUCAUUUAAACUGAAAUGCGAGAACUCGAACCGAACACUACGUCAGGUGGUGCCUGAUGCUCCUCCUGAAGAAAUAACUGUGUCGGAAUCAAAAGUAAAAUUGGUUCAGAUUGAUAAAAGUGUGCAAACCAAUCCGGAAGCCGUGAAGGGUUUUGUCACGGUGUAUACUCAAACGAAAGAAAACGUUGAGGUGGAAAAAACUCACCAACAUGUGCAAACAACGCCAAUGCGUGACAUAAUGCACGAAAAGUCAACAUCGCCAAUAUUGAUAGAACACAAUAAAACGUACAGAUAUGAUGAAGGCAAAUUCGAAAAAGUUUUCAACGCAGAAAUAGGAGGGGAAAUUGAAAUUGUUGAAAACAGCAACGUUCAGCGUAAAAAUAAUCUGCGACAGUUUGAAAAAGUUUUUAACGCAGAAAUAGGUGGGGAAAUUGAAAUUGUAGAAAACAGCAACGUUCAGCGUAAAAAUAAUGUGCGACAGGCAUUAUCUCUAAAACGAAGACGAAUAGAAAAUUUUGAACAAACCGACAUAGAUGGAACCGAAAUCAUUAUGGAAGUGCACACAGAACAACCAGAAGAAAAUGCUGAAGGAGUGACUUUGUUUUCAACUUUACAUGAAGAUCCAGAAGAAGCAAACGAAAACACUACUACCUACUAUCAGCUUUGCAAUUCUCAAUCAGAAAAUGAAAAUGAAAACGUUGCCACAAAUAAUGGCAACAAUUUGGAGGAAUUAAAUCGAGCAAAGAAUAACGACGAUGAAUUAGAAGAAGGAGUUUAUGCUCAAUUUGUAUUGGACGAUGAAACCGAGAUGUACAAUGCACAAACAGAAGAUUACAAUUUCAUGAUUUACAAAAAUGAUAGCGGUGACCCAGAAAUCAUAGCUAAAAGACAACUAAUGGAAACACGAUCAGUAGCAACAAGAGGAGGAAAACAGCGUACGACGAAAGAAGAGAUGAAAUGUGCUUACUGUUCGAUGACAUUUGUAAGUGCGAAGCGUUUAGCUCGCCACGAGUUGAAGCGACAUGCAGAAGACACUCGAAAAGAAAGUGAAGAUGUCAAGCUACCGAUACCAACUAUGAUAAAGGAAAACUCCAAGGAAAAGAACUCAGAAAAAGGUAAUUUGAAAGACGACAACUCUACAAAUGUGGUAACUGCCGAACCUACCGCAACCACUAUCACUUCUUCCAUCACACCUCAGCCAAUUGUACAGAAAACAGAACCCUCAAAAUUGACCUAUUUUUGCGAUACUUGUGGUGCAGGAUUUGCUCUGCGAAGGUCUCUGAUCCAUCAUAGAAAACAAAAUUUUUGCAAUAAAGUUACUUAUAAUUGUGAUAUAUGCGAUCGAGUCUUCAUCUCUGUCGAAACUCUGAAAGAACACAAGGCUACGCAUUUGCAAGAUCACGAAUGCACCGAAUGUGACAAUUUUUUUGCAACGAAUGACGAGCUUAGCGAGCAUAUGGUAGUUGUGCAUAAGCGAAAUUUACGCAACCAAUGCCCUCUUUGUAAGAAAGUGUUCACCAUACUGUCAGCGCUAAAAGACCAUUUACGUGUUCACAGCGGUGAAAAGCCAUUUGUGUGUGAUAUAUGCAGCAAAGGUUUUAGUCAGAAGGCGAAUUUAAAACAGCAUAUAAUGCGUCAUUCAAAAGAAAAAAAAUUCAAAUGCGAUGAAUGUUCAAUGAGUUUUGUCACCAAAGGCGAACUUAGUUCUCAUAAGCGCACACACACCGGUGAGCAUCCAUACCGCUGUGAUGAAUGUCAGGCAACAUUUACAAUAUCAAGUUCCUUAGUAAAGCAUAAACGUAUACACACUGGCGAACGACCGUACGCGUGCGAACUUUGUCCAAAGCGUUUUACAUCGUCCUUCGCGCUGAAAAAUCAUCGGCGCAUGCAUACUGGUGAAAAGCCAUAUAAAUGCCGCUGGUGCAACAAAACGUUUACUCAAAAACAGGACUGUGUUAUACAUCAUCGUACUCACACGGGUGAGCGAAAUCAUGCCUGCUUUUGCGGUGAAAAGUUCACGCAUCUGGGUACAUUACGAACACACAUGAAAACACACGACGCGAACGAUGCAGAGAAAGGUAAAGGGCUUUCCGUUCAAACGAGAAACUGUCGUGCUAAGCGUAGUAGGGGAAGUGUGGACACACCUGCAUAUAAUAUCACCAUACUAGAUGUGGACGAAGACGACGAUGAUGCCGACGCCAAUGAUGAAAAGGCCACUGUUGUUACUGUUGCACGUGAGGAUAUGGAGCGGCUACUGGCUAACGAUAAGUUGCGUAACAGUGAAGAAGUUGACACAGUUACUGUCAGUGAGGAAAAGCUAAUGCAGAUGACGAUUGAAGUAGUUUAACAUACAAUCUGAGUGAUGUACACAAACGGCAAACGAAAACAAAAAAAUAAUAACACAUACAGAACCAGGAUGAAUAGGUCAAAACUUAUUAAAAUUUAAUACAUUUACUUUACGUAAACAAAAUAAAAUAAUGUAUAUGUAAUUAAGAAUUUAAUUUGAAAGUGUACAUAACGCUUGUUGUAACUGCUUUUAAUCUUGUAUCAAUUAUUACAGCUUUAUUAGUAUUGCAGGUGAAUGGAAUUCAUUUGCUAGCCACAUCAAUCUAUCGUGUUUUUUGUGUAUGGGUGCUCAUGUAGCUAAUUGAAUGUGAUGUAAAUUUUACGUAAUAUGUCUCAUUAGCGGCAUUUGUCCACCACCGCCAGCAUCGUCGGAGCUGGUCGCACUGGUUGUGGGUGGCUCAGAGCUGAACCAAUUUAUUAACGAAUGGUGCACACUCUGGACGCAUUUUCGCUGAUCGGCUAUCAAGUUUUCAGAGUAUUUCACAUGAUUGGCAAAGGCCUCCUUUUCGUGCAGCACAUCCUUAGACAUGCGAUGAAGAUCUUUGAGUAUAGCCGAACCCCACAAUUGUACAUGAAUAUCGGGUAUUUUGGAAGCCAACUGCAUGGCCGGUGUUACCAUAUUCAUGCUCUCCUUUGAAUUACCAAUGCUAAGGAAGACAUGUGACAGUAACACUAAUGAGCAAGAGGUUAGACGAUUUAGAUCCUCAGCAUUUGCCAUUUUUAAUGUUUCGCGCAGAAAUCGUCUUAAAAGAAUGCAAAUAAAAAAAAUUAAUUAGUAUAAAUUGUAAAUAGUUUUAAGUACUAUUAGAAAUAUACCAACACAAAUUGUUCUAGGAAUAGAUCAUAUAUACACAAGUAAUCUUAUGAGACUUAAGAAAAUUAAAAUACAAAAAUAAAAAAAU